AUGAUCACUCAUUAUGAGAAAGCUUCUGACUUGCAAGAUAAGGCUGAGGUCAGUUUUCACCAGAGUAUGGAAUUUGAUGAUGAGACAAUGAAGAAACUUCAGGACAAAGAAAAGCAGAGUCAACCUCAACAUUCAUCUGCAGAAUCUGUUCAUUUCAACUCAUUGAAUUCUUCACCAUCUCUCAUCUCUGAAAUGCUGACUUUUAAUGAUGAUCUGAAUCAAUCUAUCUAUUACACCGCAGGCAAUCUUAUGAAUCUUAUGCAGAUGAUGCUACAGAAUCAGAUGACUGUGGCUGAAAUCACUCAACAUCUCACUACACCUGUACAAAGAGACAUCACAAGAGAUGAGUUGUGA